AUGGGCCUCAAAUUCAAGCCUUAUCAUCCUAAGCAAGCCAAGCAGAGACGCUCCACACUUGCUCCGACAAGCACUACAAGUGUUGGCAGUCUCCCUCCACUAUCCUCAGUUGCUGGCCAUAGAUGUUCUCAUAUUGAUGAGAAAUUUAUUGCAGUGACUAUCACAAAUAGAGAUGAAAACCCUUAUUUUGAUUUUCCUACUACAGAGGAAUGGUUGGAUUACUGUUUGCCUACAUCAGAAAAUCCAGUAACUGGCGCUGAAUCUACUAUCGACCCCCAACACACCAGCCGGGAUCUCAGCUGCCAUGGUUAUCGGUAUAAGGAUGAUGAGCCAAGACAAAGGCUUCCAGCGGCAAUUGCCACAAUGCCUUUAACCUCCGAGCUGAACAUUGAGCGAGAAGCUUAUAAUAUCAACACCUCUGAAGAAGAGAGCAAUACAGAGAUCAGUUCUGCCGACCACACUUGGUCACCAGAUACAAAAACCACUCCAUCAAUGGCCUCAAGCAUCAGUACACCUUUAGCAACCUCACCACAUUACCAAAAACAAAUUUGCAGAAAUCAAGAUGCCUUCGUUAACAACAAUGACAGCAUGCAAAAUACUAGCCUCCAGAUAGCUGAUUUCAAUGUAUCUAAUACUAUAUCCUACGCUACGCUAUCUGGAGAGAACCAUACAUUGCGCGCCGUUGCAGCAGCAGCAAAUAGUAUGCUGGCUGGCGCCACAGAAUCCAGCAUCACGACAGAGCCUGGCAUCACGAUAGAGCCCAGCUCGGUCAUAUCCUCAUCGAUAAAACGUUCGUUUUCAGAGGGCGGCGCAAGUCUUUCUAGCUCAGAUGUUUGCCACUUAUCGAAACGACUAAAGCUCACAUCAGCGUCAGUUGAGAAGGCUAUUUCAGCGCUACUUGAUGCCCAGAAGACAACCACCAUCAUAGGAGUCAAGUUGUACCAGGACCAACCACAUAGCCUGAAACCAGACGUCAGCGUCCAGUCUAUGUCUGACACCAUACAUGUGGCUGCGGAUGGAGUGGGUGAUGAUAGCGGCGACGAUAGAUCAAACACUGGUUCUAGCUUUGAUGAUAGUGACAGCGAAACCGAGCUCACCAUCUCACAGCCCCAAGGUUCCCAACAAAGAAGUACUCAACGUCGCAGGUGGACUGAGAAGGAAGAGAAGCUCCUUCGGGCAUUUAAAGGCACCCAGAAGAGGACCGGAGGCACGCCAUCAGACUAUCAGAUUGCAAAUAGUUUAAAUCGCACAGAGAGUGGCGUAAAGCAGUAUUGGGAUAUUAUGUUACAGAAGAAGCAUAGAUGA